AUGGGUCCCUCCUCCGCUUUUGGGCAACUACUACUAGGCCUUCCCAGGUUCCCCGUCAACCGUCCCAUGUCUUCCAGAAAGAGACGGACCUCCUUCCUGAAGAGCGUCUAUGAGGCGAGUGGCUUGUUCCUACCCGAUGUAUACAUCGUUUGCGGGACAGGAGAAGCAGAACUCGAGCCACGAAGACCGGGAGUCCAGGCGUCCUUUCUGAGUUGUCAAACAACAAUGACUACGAACUGGCAGAUUUUCUGCUUUUACCCCCUCGGUCCUAUUCCCUGUCUCCUGGCGUUUCUUCAAGGGCACACAUUCAAUCGGCGUGCGCCGGCCCGUUCCAGCUUGCAGCCUCAAAAUGAUCCGCAUGUACUCCAUGCAACUGGCGUUCCCUGA